AUGGCUCGUUCGUCGGCAUCGGGACCAGGGCUAGGGCAGCCAGCUCUGAACCCCCUAGGAGUACAAUUCUUCUCGAGCCUCGAGGGGCUGGAGAUAGCCUCAUCUACCGACCGGCAGCUCAUCCGAGGGCACAACUUGGUCGGUGCGGUCCGACUACAGUUCGUCAGGCCGAGUUUCUUCGACGACGGGGCUGGGGAGCAUGGAGAACUCCUCGAUGAGAUUGAUGGAGUCGAUGUGCCGCUAUCCAUGCACGUGUAUCCCUUCCCCCAAAUGGAUGAGUGGGAGAGCCAGUGGUUCUUCUUCGACGCCCAGCUCCAUCCGUAUCAGCUGCAUUUCCGCCGCAGAGUCGAAGAUGGAGACGAGUCAGCUGUCGGGAUGUGGGAAGACUCGUACGCAAAGUUAGCCCAGAACCCCAACCCCACAAGCCUGGGAGAACUGACCAGCCCUGCCUCUAGGAUCGCGAUGAGGCCUCUGAGGCUUGCGAAUGGCAGUUUCCCAACCAUGGCACCGCGUGCUAGCCUCCACGGACCCAUCGACACGACAACAUUCCGUUUCAAGGCCGGAUCGCUGAGCAUUAACCAGCUAAAGUGCUGUGGCUUCGUCCGGUGUAGCACAUAUCUCGUACCGCCCCUUGGCAGAGACCCGACAUUUAAAGGCGGCCAGAUGUUCCACAUCCUAGUGUACUUGCCACACGAUCAGCAGCCUUGGAAAAGCCGUAUUGAUUGGAUGAAGAGCGCACCCGAAGGCGGCUUCGCAGCCAGAAAAUGGAUGUAUGGGAGAGGCAGCAUCGUCGGUGUGCUGAACCCUGCGCUGCUAGAGGAGGAGCUCCAGCCUGGUCAAGAUAUCCUAGUAGUGCUCGCGGAUGAAUUCGGCUUCAUAUCGAACGCUACGUUCGACAGUGCUGUAACGAUGAGGAAACAGUCUUCUCCACAGAACGCAAAGGCCGAACCGGGGAAACGACGAAACCCUUUCAGCAGCAGCCCGGUUGCUUCGCCAUCUAAACGCACCAAGGAUUCUUCGUCAAGUAGUCGGGCGAAUGAUGGCAUGUUAGAGGCCGUGGACGGCCAAUACAUCCCUAUCGACCCGUGCCUUGCGCAGGAAUCCGCAGAUCACGAGACGGGAGCAAUAUUUCUAGCAGGUUAG